GCACUCGGUUGGGUGUGCGGGAGACUAUGGCGUCCUCCUCGGUCCUGCCGGCCACUGUACCGGCGCCGACAGCGGCUUCCGGCACAGGUUUCGGCUUCGCUUCCAAAACCAAGAAGGAGCAUUUCGUGCAGCAGAAGGUGAAGGUGUUCCGGGCGGCCGACCCGCUGAGGGGCGUUUUCCUGUGGGGCGUAGCCCACUCGAUCAAUGAGCUCAGCCAGGUGCCUCCCCCGGUGAUGCUGCUGCCAGAUGACUUUAAGGCCAGCUCCAAGAUCAAGGUCAACAAUCACCUUUUCCGCAGGGAAAAUCUGCCCAGUCAUUUCAAGUUCAAGGAGUAUGGUCCCCAGGCCUUCAGGAACCUGCGUGAUCGAUUUGGUAUUGAUGACCAGGAUUACUUGGUGUCCCUUACCCGAAGUCCCCCGAGUGAAAGUGAAGGCAGUGAUGGUUGCUUCCUUAUCUCCUAUGAUCGGACUCUGGUCAUCAAAGAAGUAUCCAGUGAGGACACUGCUGACAUGCAUAGCAACCUCUCCAACUACCAUCAGUACAUUGUGAAGUGCCAUGGCAACACACUGCUGCCCCAGUUCCUGGGGAUGUACCGGGUUAGCGUGGACAACGAAGACAGCUACAUGCUUGUGAUGCGCAACAUGUUUAGCCACCGUCUCCCUGUGCACAGGAAGUAUGACCUCAAGGGCUCCCUGGUGUCCAGGGAAGCCAGUGAUAAGGAGAAGGUUAAAGAAUUGCCCACCCUUAAGGAUAUGGACUUUCUCCACCAGAAUCAGAAAGUUUAUAUUGCUGAAGAGGAGAAGAAAGUCUUUCUAGAGAAGCUAAAGAGAGAUGUGGAGUUCCUAGUGCAGGUGAAGAUCAUGGACUACAGCCUUCUGCUGGCCAUCCACGACAUCAUUCGCGGCUCUGAACCAGAGGAGGAGGGGCCUGUGCGGGAGGAGGAGUCAGAGGGGGAUGGGGACUGUGCCCUGACCGGACCUCCUGCUCUGGUGGGCUCCUAUGGCACUUCCCCUGAGGGUAUCGGCAGCUACAUCCAUUCCCCCCGGCCCCUGGGUCCUGGAGAGUUUGAAUCCUUCAUUGAUGUCUAUGCCAUCCGGAGUGCUGAGGGGGCCCCUCAGAAGGAGGUGUAUUUCAUGGGCCUCAUUGACAUCCUGACACAGUAUGAUGCCAAGAAGAAAGCAGCUCACGCAGCCAAAACUGUCAAGCAUGGGGUGGGGGCAGAGAUUUCUACUGUCCAUCCUGAGCAGUGUGCUAAGCGAUUCCUGGAUUUUAUUACCAACAUCUUUGCCUAAGAGACUGCCUGACUCCAUGGUGACUGCUGCUCUGUGUUCCAGGAGGAGCUGGGGGAAGGGUGUUGUUUGCCAUCUUCAGGACCUGACUGGACAGAUGGACCUGGCUCAAGCUGCUACUCUGGAUGCACCUUGCUGUGUGGGAUGAACCAAGAGUGUCUGAAUUUUGCUGAUAACUUUAUAGAGCUCACUGUGGCACACUUCCUUCCCGGUAGGCCCUGGGAUGGAAGAUUUUCAAAAUACUACAGAUGUGGGUGCAGGCAUGCACAUAUACGAUGGGAUAUGGCCAAUCUUAUGCGGGUGGGGUGGAGAAUGGUGGGCCGGCUGGCAGCUCAUGGAGGUGGGACCUAUGAGGACUCUUGUGAUUAUGCAGGGAAUUGGAGGUCUCUGGUGAGGGUUGGCUACUCUCCAGUCUCUUCCCUCGCUCCACUUUCACCCCCACCAGAGAUGGCCACAGUGUUGAAUCCUGGGUGAAGGUGUUUCACUGUUGCUGUUCUUCACCAGGACCUCACAUCCCUCCUGGAGCUGGAACACUUCAGUGGGGGUAUGGCCAGUUCUGGAGGCUGGGAGGAUGAGCCAGGGGUAUAAGGUUCACUCCCCAUGUUAAAUUUCCUUUCUUCAUGUCUAGCCACCCCUAAGGUUUUAGACCCAGCAGAAGGGAAUAUCUCUACCUGGGUUAACCCUGGUUAUUUCAAGAGAACGGAAGUCUCACGUGUGGGAACCUCCUCUGCUUCCUGGAAGUGUGCCCCUAGCAUACUUCCUUCCCCUGUCCUUCUCAAACCCUUUUUCCAGUUGGAUUUGUUAUUCUGUUCGUCUUAUACUGCUACUGUGUCUCUCAGGGGACAGAUGGCCGCCUUUGUCAUCUUCACUCUCCACCCCCAGAGAGGAGUCAGAGCCAUAACCCGGCCCCCUCCAAAGACAGGUGAGUUAAUAUGUGAUAUUCUCAGAACGUAGCAGACCCUGAUGAGCUGAGAUAGUGUACUCCCUUCCCCGCAAGGCCCUUGGGGCUCAGGCAGCCAUUCUUCUUGUGAUCCUACAUCCCCCCUGAGGCUUCUGCACUUCUCUAAAACAUAAAGAUGGGCACCAGCAAGUGGCCUGUGGGGUACAAAGACUCUUGCUCUGUAUCUGCCUGGACUGAUCUGUCUCACAAGAAGUCAUGAGGUCAUAAAGGAGAAUUCCUCCUGCCCCUGCAUCUUCUGCUCCAAAGGAAGUGACGAGAGGAGUCCCUAGU